GUAAGAUCGAGUCCUAUGCGUCCUCAAUCACCGGCAUCACCGGUGAUUCCCACCGGGUCGACGAGGUGAAAAAAGGAGAUCCCCUGGCCGAUGCGGACGAGGCGGAUGAGAAUGAGAUGGCUCAUGUAGAUGGGGUGGCGGCCAAGCUGCACAUGCAGGACUUGAUGAACCACAAUGCGGGGAAGGCCUUCGUCAGACAGUCCAAGCGGGUGAAGCAAGGCAUCUCCAGGUUCCGGACGACCAUCCGGGGAAUUACAGGAACCCCCUUCUUUGACUUCAUGAUUGCGGUGCUUGUGCUGGUGGACAUGUCCUGCAUCAUCUUGCAGCAGGAGCUCUACCCCCAGGACGAUGCGAUCCAGCAGGGGGAGCUGAUGCUGCGAACCGUCUCUUUGGCCGUGACGGUGACCUUUGUCGUGGAGUUCACCGCCAGAUGCAUCGGGCAGAUCGGCCUGGGCUUCUCCUGGAUGCUAGUGAUGGAUGGGUUUAUCGUGAUCGGCUCCUGCGUGGAAGUGCUGUGGUUCUACGUGGAUCCAAAGAAUUCCCAAGUGCUCCGCUGGCUGCGGCCCCUGCGUGGCUUGCGCAUCUUCCGGGCACUGCGCAGUACCGUGAGACUUCUACGCCGCUCUGCAGCGGCAGAUUUGGCCUUCCAUGCCUUCGAGAGUUCGCUCAAGCCGCUGUCCGUUUCCUUGACGGUCAUCGCCAUUGCCACCAUGGCGGCCUCCGUGGUCUUGACACUUCAGGUACCUGGCCUGAUGGAGGAGUUGGAGAGUCCGGAAUUGAAGCGGGAGAUCCUGGACGAGUUCGGCUCCAUCUUCGAUGCCACGGCGAGCGUUAUGAAGGUGGUAGCAGGAAGCCACCAGAUGGGGCACCUCCUCAUGCGGAUCUUCGCGGAAUCGGGGGUGGAGAGGUUCCAACUGUCGCUGUUUGUGGGCACCGCCAUGGCUUUUCUCGCCGUGCUGAGCCUUAGUCUUUCGGGCGUCUUCUGCGGCGUUCUCCUGAGCCAAACCAUCAUCCAGAAAGGGGAUGCCGAACUGGAUGGUGGCAUGCAGCAGUUCAAAAGGAACCAGAACCUCGUGCAAACCCUCAACCAGGUCUGGAAAGAUGCUGGCUAUGAGAACGCAGACACCAUCGACUGGAAGGACAUUCUGAAGGUGAUGACUGCCAACGAGGCUAGCGCCUCACGCGAUGCGAGGGAGAUGGCGGUUCUGCUGGCGUCGCCCAAGGAGUCCUCCACUGAGUCGCUGGAGCCCGGUGAGAAGGAAAGCGAAGAGGACUGUCUUCUAAAAGACCAGGGCAUCACGAUGGAGGACUUUCGCGCCGCAUACAACGAGAUGUGCCUUUUUGGCCCGGUGUGUGUGGAGGACUUCAUCCUUUGUGUCUUCAAGCACGUGACCAACGUGAAGACUGUGCCCUUCCUGUCCUUCAACCACCAGCAGAACAAGGUCUACUUGCGGAUCCAGCACCAUGGGCGUGUGGUGGAUGAAGGCUUGCGCGAUCUUCAGACGAAGAUCGGGAUGCUGCAACAGAUGCUGCCGCCCAUGAUCGAGGACGUGCAGGCGGCGGCCGCAGACCUCCAGGAGCUGGAGGAAUUGGAGGACAGACUAGAAAAGCGGAAGCAGGCGCUCCGGGAGCUGAUCGACACACGGGAGAAGGACCACGGCUUUGCGGAAGUCCCCAAGGAUGAGAUGGUCCAGGCGCAGCGAGAGCAGAAUGAGCUCAGGGACGAUCUGGAGGAUCUGGAACUCCUCGCAGAGAAGGCGUCAGGCAAGCGGUCGCUCCUGCCGGAUGAGGCGACCAGUGCGUUGAACCAUUUGGCCGAUGAAAUGGCGGAUCACCUGUGGCAUGUGAUCCUUGAGGAGAUGCAAGAAGCCGAGAGUCCUCCAGCGUCUCGAGAUGAGGAGCCGCCGGGGGAAAUACUUAGGCCUAGGCGUUAACCGGCGCCUUCGCGAAGCGUUUGAGCUCGUGAGUGAAGCAAAGACGCAGUUGGUCCAACUCCCAGUGUUGCA